CUAAAAUAAUCAGCUGACAGAAGGAAGGAAUGCACGCGUCUGGGAAUGUAAAACAAAGUGUCGGAGGCAGAGGCCGUAGAAGAACGUGAGAUCCAGGGGUUGAGACACGCAGGAGGAAGUGCUGUGCGUUCACAAAUGUAGAAGUGAAACAUGUGGCGACGCCGAGCGGUGACGACGGCGAGGUGGAUGAGUAACGACGAAAGAAUGAGAAACAUUUGCUGCCGAUGCGUGUGGCGACAGAUACGAGAGAGCGCACACGGGAGUCACAUGACCGCCUCGUUUGAACCGACAACAACAACUGUCAACUAUCACCGUCGUUAUGUUCAGGUUUAGGCUCUUGUUUUUUGCUGAUUUUUCUACUCACCCCUCAAACUGCUCCAGUAGGGGGCAGUAUUCUGCAAAGAAGCUACGUUGUGGUUGUAAGCUGGACUAGCUUAGCUUGGCUGACCACUAGAGGGGGUGUACAGCUCCACAGAGCAGCGGAACUCACUUUAGCAGUGCUGUCAAACUAACUGUGUUUGUGUUUCAUCAGCAGGGCUUUCAGCUGCAUUCACAGCACCACCUGCAGGGCAGGAGGCUGAGCUACAUGCUCUCCGUGACCACAGAGUUGCACCGAUAAACGUCUCACACUCAGCACAGCAGUGAGGAGGGGGUGGAGGAAGUGCUCCAACAAUCUGGAGGAAGUGUGGUGACAGACAGGACCGUGUGACCGAACCGACGUAAAACCACGUACGGACGGAACCACUUCUUGUUUUCCUGCCUCCGCAGCAAAGAAACCGACAAAAGAAAAAGCUGAAAAGUGACGCCUACAGACGGAUUCAUGUCCUACAGCGACACCAUCAGCUCCGCUCUCAUUGGCCGUCGCGCCUCGGUCUCAGCCAAUAGGAGGCGGCUUGGGGCGGAUACCACCGCAGCCUCAGGUUGGCAGUGGCGGAGGAGCAGACGGAGGAGCCUCACUUUGCCGCUCCUACUGGUGAAGGAGAAGCAGCGGAGAAACAGUCCUCAGCCUGCCGCGCCCUUUCCUGCUCCUUCCCGGGACACUCGGCUCAGGUACAGCCUACAGUCCUCCUACCACAACCGGAAGAAAGGAGUGAGUCCGUCACGGACAGGUGGCUGAAACUUUUUUUGGGGAAAAAAAACCAACCCCCAAAUCAUCAGUCAUGGAGGCGCGGUGAAGGAGCUUCAACGCUGGUUUUUACACUUUCUGUUCUUGUGGAGGUUGUUUUUUUUUGGCUCCACCUCGUGAACGGAGGGCGUUGAAAGUUUGACCUCAGGUGAAACGACGGAGUGAGUUUUUCUUUCCCUCCAAACUCUGGAAUUACCUGAAGAACGAGUCCACUGACGCACACACCGGGGCAGGCUGAGGAGACAUAAAUCCGGCUGAUGGCAUGCUGAUCUCCACGCCGCCUGCAGGGGGGAGUGUGCAUGGUGCCCUAAUCCUUUUCCACAGUUCACCGUCUGCAGCGCCCUCUAGAGUCACAGAUCCUCUCUGAUUGCACACCUCCGCACCUCGUCUCAACAUGGAUACGCACACGGACGACGAGGAGGGAUGCUACUACAACCGCACCGUCAAGUUCUUCUACGAGAAGAGCGGCAAGAACAUCACCGACCACUGGCGCACGCGUGACUACGCCAUCGUCAGUUUGGGGAUGACCGUCUGCUUCAUCGUCAUCUUUUCAAACCUUUUGGUCAUCGCGGCUAUUUUUAAGAACAAACGCUUUCACUUCCCCAUCUACUACCUGUUGGGUAACCUGGCCUGUGCCGACCUCUUCUCAGGUAUCUCCUACCUCCACCUGAUGUUUCACACUGGUCCCUGGACCAUCAAACUCUCCAAGUACCAGUGGUUCGUCCGCCAGGGUCUGAUAGACACCAGUCUGACGGCCUCCGUCCUCAACCUCCUGGCUGUGGCCGUGGAACGCCACCAGACCAUCUUCAACAUGCAGCUGCACAGCAAGAUGAGCACCCGCCGCGUCUUCAUCAUCAUCGUCUUCAUCUGGCUGCUGGCCGUAAUCAUGGGUCUGGUGCCCACCAUGGGCUGGCACUGCCUGUGCGACCUGCCCAGCUGUUCCACCAUGGCCCCGAUGUACAGCCGCAACUACCUGGUGUUCUGGGGCGUCCUCAACCUUCUCACCUUCUCCAUCAUGGUCGGCAUCUACACCCGCAUCUUCAUCUACGUCAGGCGUAAGAGCAAGCAGAUGUCGCAGCACACGUCGCAGAUGAGACUGAAGGAGACGGUGUUAAAUCUGAUGAAGACCGUCUUCACCAUCCUGGGCUGUUUCGUGAUCUGCUGGACGCCGGGUCUGGUCGUUCUGCUGCUGGACGGCCUCGGCUGCGAAAAGUGCCAAGUGCUGCGCUACGAGAAGUACUGCCUGGUGCUGGCCGAGUGCAACUCCUUCGUCAACCCCAUCAUCUACUGUUUCAGAGACAAGGACAUGAGGAGGACCUUCAAGCAGAUCCUGUGCUGCGUCUUCAGACGCGGCGGCGGCGGCAGCAGCGACGGCGCCUCCGCCCACUUUACCACUCUGGAUCAAGAGAAUCAUAAAUCCCGUAGGUCCGCUCCGGCAGAGAGGAGCAACGGGAGGCCUCUCAUCUGUGACGGCGCUGAAGACGCGCACGCCAACUCCGACAACUGGAAUUAAACAUGGACCUCAGAGUUGAUGGAGAGAUAAGGAACACACACACACACACACACACACACAGACACACAGACACUGACGGUGGGCCGUGUCUGAGGACGCACACGUAAACAAACCUGAACGUCUGUUUCCUCUCAACACGGCGGCCGCUGCGACCACAAACCGUUUCUCCUCUGAGCGCAUCUUUAUCGGCGCUGACCGUGAACCACGGCGUGAAGCUGCUCUGGUCGACGGGAAGAGGAAAAGUGAUGAGUGUUUGUGCUGUGUGGCGUCUGAUAAAAUCAGAGACACAGUGGACGUGGUGUCUCCCAGUGUUGACAGGAGUGUUUCCUGUUUAGACGUAAACAGCUGUCAGCGGUGGAAGAGGCCACGCCCCCCCUCCCCCCUCUCCCCCCCGAGGAACACACGCGAGAGAUGUGAUAGACAAGGCCGUCACUGGUUAGAGUUCAUUAGUUAACCAACUAGUUGACUUAACUAACCAGAAGGAGAUGAGUCCAAAAUGAUGUUGGUAACAAGAAACAAAACAGGGUUAGGGUUAGUUAGGUUAGUUAAUGAGUUAAAGUCUUAAUCAGAUUCAGCUUUUACUCAGUUAAAAAAUAAAAAAAUGUCGCCAUAGUUACGACAGUCCCACCUCCCUGGGAAAUAUAAAGGGUUUUCCUUUUGCAUUUUUACAUUUCAAAAUUAAUGAAUUAAUUAAUUUCACAUUUCUAAUUAAUGUCAUAAAGAACUCCCCUUAAACCCCCCACACUGUCUCCUCGCCCCCCCCUUUCCCCCCCACUGUCUCCUCGCCCCCCUGUAAAAAACGUGGUUCAGUCCACACGGUUCCUGGUACUGUUUUCUUUCACAAUGCAUUUGUUCAGAAACUAGAAGUUAGUCCUUUAAAGAUUUAAACAACUAUAUAUAUAUUCACAUAUAUAUGUAUAUAUGUGUGUCCAUAUAUAUGUAUAUAUGUUUAUAUAUGUAUUUAGUUAGUUGGAUUUUACCUUUAUUUUUAAGUUCGCUAAACCCGUUUUGAACAGAUGCCCAGUCUGUCAGUGAGCUCACGAUGAUGCAACAUGUCGUUUAUUGUCGUUUAUUGUCGAUUAUUGUCGUUUAUUGUCGUUUAUUGUCUUUAACUUUAACUUUCAAACUGACUUGAAAGUAACUUGAACCUGAACUUCGUGAAAUCCUGGGCUGUUAACGUUGUGUGUGUUUGCGUCAUGUAGAGCGCCCCCCCCGUGUCCUUGAGCUAAAAUGACACCAAUACUGUCCCCGGUGGCUUUUUGAUGUAAAUCUUUAUUUAACUCCUUGUUCUUAAUGUACAGUUCAUCAUUAUAUUGCACUUAACAACUGUAAAAAACGGAGGUUUUACCAAAAAAAUAUUUUAUUUAAAUUGAGUCCAAAGCCGGGGUAGGCAGACUUUCAUCGUGGGCUUUUUCAAAACGUUUUACACAAUUUCUUUUAGCCAUUGUUUUUAGCCUUCAUUCUAGAUCUAGUUUGACCAGAGCGUGUCAAGAGUAAAAAUAUGUGAAAAAUGAGUAUUUACAGCCUUCAGAAACAUAGUAAACACAGAUAGUGUUUACUAUUCGUGUUGGGCUGGAAAAAAAAAGAAAGAAUUGAAACUAAUCCUCUAACAUUAGACUUAAGAAGGUUGAUUAGUCACAGGAUGUUGUAGAAAACCGGCUCUUCCUAUUGGCCGACCCACAUGCAGCGGUGAAGUUAAUAUGAAACACGGUCUGAGGGCUUCAGCUCCACAGGAAACCUGGUUACCCCGGCUUUACUCAAAUACCCCACAGUGAUGUAAAGCUGUGGGUUUGGUUUAGCAUGUUGCAGCUUUUGAAUGUCACGUCUGCGUUCAGUGCAGAAUAUCUGUGGUCGCGAUGUCGCUCGUAUGCUAACUGUGUGACACGGUCGACGCUGCAUAACCUCGGCUCAGUGACAUCAUUAAAAAGUUUGAAAUUC